AUGGUUUUCCUUUGGGACGCAAAGUACGACCCUGCCCCCGGGCGACGCUUUACACCUCCCUCCACCACCCUGGGCUCAGGGAAAAUGAGUGAGGGUUUGCCCCUAGGGCCACAAGAAGGCAAUGGUGCCGCCCUAGUGGGCAAACUGCGCAUGACUGACCGGAGUAUGGUGGAGGUAUUGUCGGAUCAUCCAGGAGAGUUGGUCAGGACGGACAGCCCCAACUUCUUGUGCUCUGUUCUGCCAACCCACUGGCGUUGCAACAAGACCCUGCCCAUCGCCUUCAAGGUUGUGGCCCUUGGUGACAUCCCAGAUGGCACACUGGUGACGGUGAUGGCAGGGAACGAUGAGAAUUACUCAGCCGAACUGCGAAACGCGACCGCGGCUAUCAAGAACCAGGUGGCUCGCUUCAACGACCUGCGAUUCGUGGGCCGUAGCGGACGAGGGAAGAGCUUCACUCUUACCAUCACUGUGUUCACUAACCCUCCUCAGGUGGCCACCUACCAGCGGGCCAUUAAGAUCACAGUGGACGGUCCCAGAGAACCGCGCCGGCACAGACAGAAACUGGAGGAGUCUGUUAAGCCAGGUGCGUUGGCUUUUUCAGAGCAGCUGAGGCGGAGUGCUAUGCGAUGCAGCCCUCAUCAUGCUCCCACCGCCAACCCACGACCUGCCCUUAAUACACCGCCCUUCAGCAGUCCCACACACAGCCAGCUCUCUGACUCCAGACAGAUGCAGACCUCUCCCUCAUGGUCUUAUGAGCAGUCCUAUCCUUACCUGAGUCAAAUCUCCACGCCGACCGUUCACCCGACAACACCAAUCUCACCCAGUCGCAACCCUAUCCACUGUCCUGACCUGACAUUCACGGACCCACGCAUGGGUUUGGAACGGCCCUUCUCUUCUCUGCCCUCCCUGCCCGACGGUCGCUUCUCCGACCCUCGCAUGCACUACCCCACCGGCGCCUUCACCUACACGCCCACGCCCGUCACCAACGCCAUCGGCAUCGGCAUGUCCCCCAUGACUGCCCCCACAGGCCGUUACCACACCUACCUUCCGCCUCCCUACCCCACCGGCUCCUCCCAAGGCCAGGGUGGACCCUUCCAGGCCGGCUCCCCUCCCUACCACCUCUAUUAUAGCACUGCUGCCGGAUCGUACCAAUUCUCCAUGAUGGCGGGGGGGGCUGGCGGGGGUGAGCGUUCACCUCCCCGCAUCCUCCCCCCUUGUACGAAUGCCUCCACGGGCUCCACUCUGCUCCACCCCUCGCUGCCCAAUCAGAGCGAGGGAGUGGUGGAGGCUGAGGGAAGCCACAGUAGCUCCCCCACUAACAUGUCUGCUGAAGCUGUGUGGCGACCCUACUGAGUUCAGUGGACCGUCCGGUGGCCUGGCGGCGUGCUGACCAAUGGGAGCUGUGCAGCUGAUUUUCUAUUGGAGGAGAGGACUCAAUCAGAACUUUGUCAGAACGAUG